UUCAUUGAAGCAGACGCAGUGGAGGCUGGGGUUGUCCCGAAUAGACUAAUUGAGACCGUCGCUGUGAACUCAGCGGCUCCUCUCAUCCUCCUUGGUCUGUGGACGCGGAACACUUGGAUCCGUCUGAUAGAAACUUGGAUCGGUGGAUCAGAGCGGGCAGAAUCACGCACGGUGCGCGGGCCUGCGCUGAAUGUCAUAACACAGGGAUAUUCUGCCAAGCACCGACACGGUCAUCGGCCACAACCAUGGAGGUUGUGACACAUUUUAUCAAUGACACCAUAGAGUUCUACAAAUGGACCCUAACCAUUGCAGACAAGCGAGUGGCGAAAUGGCCUCUGAUGAACAACCCCCUGCCCACACUGGCCAUCAGCACCUCCUACUUGCUCUUUCUCUGGCUGGGGCCCAAAUACAUGAAGAACAGAGAACCCUUCCAGCUCCGCAAGACCCUCAUUGUCUACAACUUCAGCAUGGUCUUCCUCAACUUCUUCAUCUUCAAAGAGCUGUUUUUGGCGGCGCGGUCUGCAAGCUACAGUUACAUCUGUCAACCGGUGGAUUAUUCAGAGGACCCCAAUGAAGUCAGGGUGGCAGGAGCCCUGUGGUGGUACUUCAUAUCCAAAGGCAUCGAGUACCUGGACACAGUGUUUUUCAUCCUGAGAAAGAAAUUCAACCAGGUUACCUUCCUGCACGUCUACCACCACUGCACUAUGUUCACGCUCUGGUGGAUCGGCAUCAAAUGGGUGGCUGGAGGACAGUCGUUCUUCGGUGCGCACAUGAAUGCAGGGAUCCAUGUCUUGAUGUAUCUGUACUAUGGCCUGGCCUCCUGCGGACCUAAGAUCCAGAAGUACCUGUGGUGGAAGAAGUAUUUGACCAUCAUCCAGAUGGUUCAGUUCCACGUCACAAUUGGCCACACAGCCUUGUCUCUCUAUGUCAACUGCGACUUCCCCCACUGGAUGCACUACUCCCUCAUCUGCUACGCCAUCACCUUCAUCAUCCUCUUCGGCAACUUCUACUACCAGACCUAUCGCCGCCAGCUGCCCAGACGCGACGCUUCCUCCUCCUCCAAGGCAGGCAAGGCCCUCUCUAACGGGGCCCUCAACGGCCUCAGCAAGGCCGCCAACGGAGCAUUGAUGGGAAGCAAAGAGGAAAAGCCCCAGGAGAACUCUGGGAGGAGGAAGAGGAAAGGAAGAGCUAAAAGGGAUUAGAGGAAGAGAUGCGAGAAGGGUUGAGGUGAGGUAGGGCCUUGCUUUGGGUUCUCGGUUGCUAGUGCUAAAACCAUGAAAGACUUCAUGUGAGGAAAAUGUAGAUGAAUGGAUGUGUUAAAGUGUGACGUGUUUAUUUUGAGCCAUGAUGCGAGUGGUGUAGAAACAAUCUGGAGACAGGCCUGUGCUGAGAGAGGAUCAUUGUGUUAGAGAGAGGUGUCAAAGGUCGUGCUUGUAGCUGACCGUUACCACAAAUAACCCCAAAAUACAGCUGUGUUCUUGUGGUGCGGGACAGAAGUUAAUAUUCCUUCUCUUUACUGCGAUGGCAGCUUCUGGAGAUCCGGCUUGAAAAAGAACGACUUUCAGCUGUAACCUGACAAGAAACCAUCAAACGCAGCGUUAAAAUAUUAACCAUCGCUACAAGUGAUCCCUGCUGUACUGAGACAGGAAUACACAUCAUAGCACAUGCACAACCGUGUCAUCCUUAUAUUUGAGCUUCUUAUUUCCUUUGUUCUUCCCCUAUGCUGAUAUAAAUCUGAUGAUGAUGUACAGUAUCAUGCCAUGUCCUCAUCUUAUCCAAGAUAUUAUAGGUGUUACAUGAGAGAGACCUGCGUUUACAGAACAUGACAUCUCCGCUGUUAUCCGCGUAUUUGUGAAGACAGAGACGUCAUUUUUUUACUUAUUUCUUAUCAUGGUUUCUCACUUCAGCUACAUGUUAAAGAAGGAAAGUAGAUAAAUAUCCAGAGGUAAGAUGUACAUGGAAAAAGAAAAAACAUAGAUUUCUAACCCUCCCUUUGAGACCGGGCUGAGAUUG